UUUCAGGUAAACGACUGGUUAUUAGUUAAGAUUUUGUACAGUUAUAGCUAAACAAACGACAUGAAAAACUCCAUUCUCAGUUAUUUCGAACUGUAGAUGCCAGUUCGUUGAAUCAACAAUCACCGUUCUUCUUAAUAUAAACAAUGGCAUCAUUAGGACUAAAAGCCAGAACUGCAGUAAUCCCCAUUUCUUCUACAGCUUCUCUGGACGAGAUAUUAUCAGAAAGAAAUGAAACUGUAGCAAGAAGAAACUCUGUUCCUUGGUUAUAUGAAGGAAAACAAUCGUCCUUUUUCGAAGUCCCGUCUACCAAUAAAUCUAUUUCGGAUGGUUUCUAUGUUGCUUUAAACCAAUCACGACAUUUUAAAGAGAAUUCAAAUUCUAACUUGCUAAACGAAACCUGGCUAACGAAUAUUACUUAUUCUUUGCCUGAGGUUAUGCUAGGUUCUGCUGAGGCUCUGGACAGUGAAGGUCGGUUUUCUACAGUUGUCGGUAAUGGAAAUGAGUGCAAUUGGACUAAUCGUAUAGACAACCAGACAGAGGUACUGUCCUCAACUGUUGAAAUUCCGGAAGCUGUUUCUGAAGUCGUGAAAGGGUACUGGGCACUCUUGCUUGUUCUGCUACCAGUUCUUGCUGUUUUUGGUAACAUUUUAGUUAUUCUAAGUGUUUAUCGAGAACGUAGUCUCCGAAGCGCUACCAACUACUUCAUCGUCAGUCUAGCCUUUGCCGAUCUUCUGGUGUCUGCUGUAGUCAUGCCUUUUGCUGUUUACGUUUUGGUUAACGUGGACUGGGAGUUGAGUGAAACUUUGUGCGACUUCUACAUAGCUGUGGACGUCACGUGCAGCACAGCAUCCAUCUUCAACCUUGUUGCUAUAAGUAUUGACAGAUUUAUAGCAGUGACUCAGCCAAUCAAAUACUCCAAACACAAAAACAACAAGAGGGUGGCUCUUACCAUAGCUAUUGUUUGGAUCGUUUCAGCUGCAAUUGGUUCCCCUAUAGUGUUAGGCCUAAACACAACUCCAGAGAGAAUUCCUCAGCUAUGUAUAUUUUACAACUCUGACUUUAUCAUCUACUCUUCACUGAGUUCCUUUUACAUUCCUUGUCUUGUUAUGGUAUUCCUCUACUACAAGAUAUUCGUGGCCAUCCAUGAAAGAGCCAAGCGAAGCCUAGGAAAGAGGCUUCCCAUUUCUUCCAAUCCCAAACCAGGGAUUGUGAUCGAAAAUGCGUCACAAACUCAGCGACAACAGGAAACAGCCCUAAAUUCGUCAUCUAAAUCCAACGAUGAGCACAAAGAAAAAUUACAACAUCUUCAAAUUGUUGUCGAAACAGAAACUUGCACUAAUACCGGAAGCGGAAGUCAAGGAGAUGAUGAUUAUGAGGAAGAUGUUAAAGAUGACGAUGAAAACGAUCGCUGUGAGAUUUUUGAGAAUACGAAAACAACCAACUUCUGUCUGAGCGAUGUGUCUAGAACAGAUAACGAAACUGCUGGAAAGAAUUAUAAUGCAGACUCUGGAUAUGUGACUUCCCAGAUAGAAGAGACGCAGUUUUGCAUACAAAAUCCUCGCACUGAAUCCCCAAAGCUUUCAGACACGAUCAAAUCCCUGGCUUCCGAGACUGCGCCUAAAAAUGGCACUCCAGGAAAAACUCUGUCUCUAGCUUUUAGUGGUAAUAAUGGUAGUCAUUCUAAGUCUAAAGAAAACAUACCAAAAAAGAAGUCGAGAUUUAAUCUUGGACGAAAACAUAAAAGUAGUCGCAAAAAACGUGAAAAGGCUUACGCAAAAAGAGAACGUAAAGCAACUAAGACCCUUGCUAUAGUGUUAGGUGUGUUCUUGAUUUGCUGGGUACCGUUCUUCACUUGUAACAUUAUGGAUGCGAUCUGCAUAAAACUGAAAAGUGCCAAUUGUCGACCUGGUGUUACAGUUUUUCUUCUCACUACUUGGUUAGGCUAUAUAAACAGCUGUGUUAAUCCUGUCAUCUAUACUAUAUAUAACACAGAGUUCCGGAAAUCCUUCAAGAAGAUUCUCAGAGAGCCGUGCAAGUGAUCAUUGAAGUUGUUCUUGUGACUAUUUUAUGCUGCAGAAGCAAUUCGUAGUUGUUCUAGAAACUAUUAAACAAUGUUACCAUAUUCGAUAUUUUUAUUUGCUGAAGUUAAAAUAACAGUAAACAACAUUUCUGGUAGAAUUACUUGUUAUUUUCUACAUACUCAAGUAUAGUUUUAGUAUAUAUUGUCCAGGCAAUAUUUGCACAAAAUGUGAAAAUAUUAGGUUCUUAUGUGAUUCUAUGUGCUACAGCAUUUUCCAAGAACUUUUCAUUGAGGCUGAAGAAAAGACAUUUUGAGGUCGAGGUUUUAUUGAAAUUGAUGUGUGUAGCCACCUUGAGCUUACCUAACCUAGAAUAAAAUAACAUUUUCCAGUUGCACUAAAAGGCAGCGACAGAAAUAUAACUGUCAUUGGAAUAAGUCUUAAUUACGACAAAACUAAGGUCAAACUAAAAUGAAGAUGAAUUUAUAAUUGAUCUCAGUAUUACCAGUCAACACCUGUCUUGUGAAGAACAAUUAUUAAAAGAAUCCUGCCAUCUCUGGUUUGACAAUAUUUUAUUGCAAAGUGAUAAAUGCUCUGAAAAUAAUCACCCUAAAUUAUGGAAAACAUUACACACCUUGGAAUCAAGUGGUGGACUUUUAUAAUUUGACUUUAGUGCAGAAAAGUUAGGACACUCUUUUAGCUGUUUUUAAUUUGUGUCAAAAAGUCUAAGUUGUCAAGAAUGAAUACAAUCCUUCAUUUUGUAAAGGAAGACUGGAAAACAUUUCCAAAGAUAAAGCUAAAGAUGGUGUAGUUAUUAUAUUAUUGUUUUAGCUACUAAGAAGUAGAUACUAAAAUACACAAUGAUGUUAUCAGAAAGCGAUAGUGUUUAUAUUGCUUUUUGAUGAAUAACAUGCGUUUUGUUAGUAACGUGAUUUUCUUGAAGUAAUUCGUAAACUACGAUAAAUGGAAAGAUUCCAAGACAAUGACAACCUUAUAAAUAGGUUCUACAGCAUCACGUAUUUUGCUAAAAACUUUGUGUUCCGCAGUUGGUGAAGGUCUAUAUUCUAACGUUAAACGUUUACCAUCAUUGAAACGUUUAGAUAAAUAAAUAGUUAAACAUGUCAAAUAAGUUGUCUUCAUUGAAUGUCAUAAUGACGCUGAUUUAACAGUUUUCUUACACAUUCGAAGAUUUUAUUUGGUCAAAAGUCACGCUAUAAUUUAGAAAUACGGAGAAAUAUUUAUGAAGUUUGGAAAUAAAAUAAGUAAAUCUUCUUUAGUAGUUUUUUUUUUCCAAAUUUAUUAUUGUGCUUGAACUUUACUUUGUAAAUUUUAAGGGACAAACCUGUAUAAGAAUUCUUUAAUGGACAUCUCUGCCGGCUUUCAUUUCUUGUACAAUACUUUGGAAAGUAUGUCAGUCCAAUGUUGUAGCGACUGUUGAACUAAAUGGGAAGAAGAGGAAAGUCUUCAGUAUUCUUGGGAAUUAUAUAAAUGGCAAUUAAAUGUCAUUGUGUCGUCAUUUCUGAAUCGUUCUUAAAGUAUAUAUAUAUCCAGCUGACAUCAACGUCUUUAUUGCUACAAAUGAAAAUUGACAUUAAUUGAUUAAUUAUUUUUAUGUUAAAGCCAAAUAUUAGUGUAUAAAUAUGUCGUUUGAGACGUUUAUAGUACAGUCUGACCUUGCAUUGAUAUUGUGGUGAAAAUGCAGCUCAUGAUACAAAAACUGGAUUGUGUUUACUUAAACACAGUUUGAAUGUAGACUUAACAUACUACUAAGCUUUUAAUAUCAUAAAUGCUUAUAUAAUUUCAAU